AUGGGCAAGCGCCUCUCUGCUUUGUGUGUUGCAGUGUUCCUCGGGGCCAGGAAUGCCCACUCGCUCCUGAAGCGCCUUCCCCGGGCCAACGGCUUCCUGGAGGAGAUCCGCCAGGGCACCAUCGAGCGGGAGUGCAUCGAGGAGGUCUGCAGUUAUGAGGAGGUCAAGGAGGUGUUCGAGAACAAGGAGAAGACGAUGGAGUUCUGGAAAGGCUACACCAACUCUGUCUACUCGGUCAAGGACCCUGGACACAGCACAGAGCGCUCAGACGCUAUGUACGUGGUGGUGCCCCUCUUGGGAGUGGCUCUUUUGAUAGUCAUCGCCCUCUUCAUCAUCUGGAGGUGCCAGCUUCAGAAGGCCACCCGCCACCGCCCUUCCUACGCCCAGAACCGCUACCUGGCCAGCCGGACGGGGCGCAGCCUGCCCAGGGUCAUGGUGUACCGGGAACGGUCCCAGAGCCAAGGCGAGACGCAGUACCAGCGWGAGGCGAGCAGCCGGGCGCUUGGGGAUGGCAGAGCAGGGGGCACCCCGCAGCAGGACGGCACCCUCUGCCCGCCGGAGCACUCAGUCUCUGUCCUCUCCAGACUGUCCAGUGCCACCCCUCCUCCUUCCUACGAGGAGGUGACCGGGCACCCGGAGAGCAGCAGCGGGGAAGAGACCAGCGUCUCCUACAGCGACCCGCCGCCCAAGUAUGAGGAGAUCGUGGCCGCUGGCCCUGCUGCGGGCAAAUAGCGGCUCUGAGGCCUCCCUCGUGCCACCUCACACUCMCGCUCGCACCCACACCCAUCCCUCACCGUGCCUGGGACCCUCUUCCUGUGCCGGGCGGCCUCCCAUCUCACUCGUUCAAGCUGGUGCCAUCACGGAAUAGCCUUACCCACCUUACCAAAAACACCUCUCCCAGUGUGGGGAGGGGCUGGGACCGGGGAUGGCUCUGGGGUGCAGCCWGGCAUCUCCUUCCCCCUGCUCUCCACACACGUAAGUGCUGUAGUAGCCAGAGCAAAGUGGCAACUUGUUACUGGCUCAAUACGGGGCUCUCCUCAUGGUGCAUUUGAUUCCCUUCCCUUCAAAAAGACGUGGCAUUUCCCGUGAUUAAAACAGCCUUGCGGCCUCCCGGGGGCUCUGCGGAGCCCUGCUGGGUGCACACGUUGCCUCCUGGAGACAGGUAUUGGGGCAGAAGGACAUGCCCAAUUUGACUGGAGCCCAUUCACAAUGUGCUGAGACCUCAGUCUUCACCAGACCCUGUUUUGCUGCUGGGGGCUCUGAGCAGGAGUUGGGGGGUGCAGGAGCGGUGCUGUGGGUUUCUCUCUGUUCUGGCAGUCGCUGUCCACACUUUGCAUCCAGGGAAACAAGUUCCUCCGCGUGUGCCAGUUACCUGCUAGGUGGGAGUGGGUUGCUUGGUCUGCCCUGUGUUGCCUGUGGUCAUCUUGCCUAUUGGGAGAACAGGGAGAAACAGCUUGGGAAGUGUCCUGUGAUUUUUGAGAGGAGACAAGGCAGGUGUCCCUGAGGUAAGUCACUUGGGAAGAGCCUCCCAGCAGCUGCUCUCCCCAUGGCAUCUGCUUUCCUGCGCAGCGUGCCAGCAGGGAGCCCUCCGGUGUGUGCCAGGAGCAGGGGCCGUGGUGGAGCUGGCCUGAGGGGUGCCCUCUGACAGGGGGGCUUUGCCUCCAUACAGCAGGGACACCUCUCUCCUGGGAGCCGGCSUGGGCUUGGCCGUGCCAGCCCCGCUCUCAGCUGCUCUCUCGCCCUCUCCUUCGGGCAGGGAAUGGGGAUGGACCCUCUCUGCACGGACCUCUGUCCUGCCUGGCCCUCCCUUCAAGGGCGUCAUCAUGCAGAGCAGGCAAAGGGGCCUGUGGGACCCUGCUGUCCUCCAAGACUGUGGUGGGCAGUGACUUUGGUGGCCAUGGCCAUUCACUGGGCUCUUUGGCUGCCGACCCAGCUGCUUUAUUACAACCAGGAAAGCUGCUGGCACUGCCUCUGAUCUAGAGGGCUUGUCCUCUACAGCCUGUCCCCUCUGCCCCUUGUGUGGGGUGGAGGGGCAGCUCACUGGCUCUGACAUCUGCMUCAGGUUCCUCGUUAAGCAAGGAUAGACCUUCCUUGGGCCCUUGGUUUCCUCUUACUGCAGCAGARUCCAAAAAGAUCUUGCAUAGGAGAAUGUGAGGGUGUUGGGAACGUUUCCAGAUCUUACAGGUUUGAGAGAUCCCUCAGGCACCUGGGAGCAGGUGGGGAGAUCUCACGGUGCCCAUGGGAGAGCUUUGAACGCAUGGGAGCAGGGCAGGUUGUGCUGGGACUCGGACUAACGGGGCAAAACAAGGCCAGGUGUGCACCAUUAAGCACAUGGUCUGCAAGUGCCCUGCCCUGGCCCAAAGCACCUCUCCCCGUGACUCUCAUCUCUCCCACCACAAGGAGGUGAAGGAUUUAUAGGGACUGCUCUGGGCUGUGUAAGAUUUCCCCU